AUGUCUGGCCGGCCAUUUUCCAACCCCGCUGGUGCCAACGACUUCCUCAACUUCGAGGCGCCAUCGUACGGGCAUUUCGGCGCGGAUUCAAAUGGCGGCGGCAAGAUGGCAGGCAAGGGUUUCGGUUCGUCGGCUGGAAUGAUGGGCGGCGACCACACCCCUUCCGGCGUGCCACCGUCCGACUCCGCUUCGAGCGCUUUCGGGCGUCCAAAGGAGGACAACUAUUUGCUCAAGGGCAUCGAGUUCGUUAAGAGCAGCGCAUCGAACAUCCAGAAGGGUUUCGGCGAUUCGACGCGCAGCAACAGCCUAUUUGGCAACGACAGUGGUCUGCUUGGCAAUGACGCGGCCUCCACUGCGCGUUCGUCGCUCUCCGCGCUUAUGAAUGUUGGCCGUUCUGUUAUCGGUUUGUCCGGCGGCAACGAGGAACCUCAGUCAUGGCUGAACUACACAAACUACAAGAUAUUCCUGCUGCUGUUCAUCACGAGCAUCCUGUUCUUCGCGCUCGCCUUCAUGACCCUCCCGUUCAUCGUGUUCGCUCCGCACAAGUUCGGCCUGCUGUUCACGUGCGCGACCAUCUGUUUCAUGUCCUCGUUGGCGUUUUUGAAGGGCACUGGAGCACUGAUGGAGCAUAUGCUGAAUUCUAAGCGUAUCGUGUUCACGGGGGCACUGGGCACAUCGCUGGUCUCCACCUUCGUCUUCACGACCGUCUACCCGAUCUACCUGUUGGCGUUUAUCAGCUCUUUGAUACAGACUUUGACAUUGGCGUCUGUCAUUUUAUCGUACAUCCCAGGUGGCGCCGGGGCCCUCAAGCUGAUGUACUCGUCAGUGUGGGAGUUUGUGAAAAGCAGAACGCGCGGAAGUGGAUCCACGACUCUUCCGUUGUGA